GCUUUAGGUACGUGCUUACUUAUAACUUAGUUUAAAAAUUUAUAAGUUGUGACGGGAACCGACCAUGAGGCAAUCUUCCAGCGUGAUGGUGGCUGCAGUGUGGGUGGUGCUGGUGGUGGGCGCGAGCGCUGGCCCUGUGCGGCGCGCGCCAGACCUGGAGGCCCGGAGACGGAGCGCCAUUGACCGGAGCCUUGUCAGGUUUGGAAGAUCAUACCCCGCUGAACCAUCAGCAGCUGACCUACGGGAGUCCCUGCAACGACCCACGCGUCGUGGCAACAGUUUCCUGCGUCUCGGAAGAUCUCAACCCUUGACCCUCACCACUGACGACCUCGUCUCUCUUCUCCGCUCUUACGACGACGAAUACGAGCCCUUAGCCAAGAGAGCGUCAAACUUCGUCCGCUUUGGCCGCGACCCUCAGUUCAUCAGGCUAGGACGGUCUACCGACGACGAUAAGACUUUGGGUUACGAGCAGAGCUCCGACCUGGUCGUGAGCGGAUACCCUCAAAGGAAGAGCCGUGCUCGCGACCACUUUGUGAGACUCGGAAGGGACAGCGAGGAACUUGGCGAAAUGGACGAGGAAGUUGAGAGGAGGAAGAGGAGCGCAGAGUGCCAAGAUUGCCAUUAG